AUGGCACCAAAUAGUAUAGAAAACAAGUAUAAAGGUAAAAUAUUAUUCCUACAUGGUUAUACUCAAUCUUCAUCAUUAUUUUAUGCUAAAACUUCUGCUUUAAGGAAAAAAUUAACAAAAUUAGGUUAUAAAUGUAUUUAUUUAAAUGGUCCUUAUAUUUUACAACCGAAUGAUUUACCUUCAGAUGAUUCAUUAGUAAAAUUUGGAUCAGAUGAUAAACAAGAUAUGAUAUAUAGAGGAUGGUGGAUUAAACCUAAUAAAACAAAUGAUUCUAUAAAUUUAAAUAAAUCAAUAGAAACAAUAAAUGAUUAUAUAAAAAAUCAGAAAAUAAUACCAGAUGAAGAUUUAAAAAUUAUUGAAGAAACAGAAGAAGAAAAAAAGUUACCAAUUUUGGGAUUGAUUGGAUUCAGUCAAGGCGCUUCAUUUGGUGGAAUUAUAUGUCAUAAAUUUUCAAAAUUAUUUAAUACUAAUUCAUUAAAAUUUGUAAUUUUUUAUUCUGGUUUUAAAUUAGAUACUAAUGAAAAAUCUGGAAAUUCAGGAUUAAAAGAAUAUUAUCCAAAUGAAAAAGAAGUAGAGGAGAAUAAUCUUAGAUAUUUACAUGUUUAUGGAGAAUUAGAUACUGUUGUUGAUGAAACUAGAUCAUUAUCAUUAUAUAAUUUAACUAAAUCAAAAUCAGAUUUAUUAAAACAUCCAGGUGGUCAUUUUGUACCUAAUUCUAAAUUAUAUAUUGAUCAAGUUACAAAUUGGAUACAAUCAUUAGACAUAGAAAAAGUAAAAAAUGAUAAAAAAGAAGAAGAUAUAGAUUCAUUGUUAGAUAUGAUGAAUAGCUUUGGUAAAGUCUAA